AUGGCACCUUGCAGCUCUCCUCAAAAUCUUGGGUCUUCCCGUAUUGAUCUUGUUGGCACCAACAGUUCCAUCCCGAAUCAAAACCUGCCAACUCAAGAUCCUCCACGAGUGCCUUCUACUCCAAUCGCUCCACAGCCCUCCGAGGCCCCCGAUAAUGGGCCCACUCCCGAUUCCAAUGGGUCUGCGGAUCGUGGAAGAUCUGUCGAGACUAGACCCCGUCCAGAUGGCUCGCAAACCGGUGGAUUGACUUGGGAUAACUCACAUUAG